UUUACAUGAGUUGAGUGAGUGGGAGUGUAGGGUGAAUUUUUUUGUUUUAUGAAAAGAUCCCAGUUUUGAAUUGUAAUCGGCGGUUCCAGUUGCGAUUCCAAGCAAUGUGUUAAUAAACUUCAGAUUCUAUCAACAGACCACUCAACAUCCAGCAGCUCUGAAGCUAGUUUCUGUGGAUCAAACAAGAAACACAACAAACAAUGGAAUCAAAUCCAAAGGCCGAAGAUGAAAUUGGGUACAACAGUAGCAACGUUAAGAGAGCAAAACUACUGUCAACACUCACAGCUCUCUUAGACGAUCCAAUUCUUGCCGAUGUACCCAAGAAACCAACUCUAUCCGAUGUCGACACACUCAUCAACCUUGAAUUCGGCAGUGCCAUGCGAAUUUCUGUCCUCAAAUUAGACGGCACCUCUUUUGAUGUGGCCGUGAUGAAUUCAGCAAAUUUCAAGGAUUUAAAGAUUGCAAUCAAGAACAAAGUGACUGAAAUGGAACAAUCUCAGAUGGGUCAUCGCCACAUUUCAUGGAAGCAUGUAUGGGCUAAUUUUACUCUGUCCUAUCAAAAGGAAAAGCUCCUAGAUGACAAUACCUCACUUCAGGAUUUCGGCAUACGAAAUAAUUCUCAGGUGCAAUUUGUGCCCCACGUCAUGUCAAAGAGCUUUGGAGGGCAUUCCACGCGGAGAAAGCACCGUUUCUUUCACGGCCUUAACAAACGUGCUUAAGGACUGAAUUCGUACAAUUUCAUGAUAGGAUAUUGCAGCAUGGGAAACUAUGAAUCCCAAAAGUAUGUGAUAGUGUGCCUUUAUUUGUUAAAUUGCAGUAUAGUUGGACUCGGCAUGGUUGAUUAUCUAACUUGCUUAUCCAUGAUAGCAAAAACAUUGCAUAAUUGUAAAGAUUUCCCAUUUAGAUUAAUUUUAACCUUUUACAUCUUCCUACAUUUUCACUAAGUACCUGGUGUACUCUAAAAUCUUCAAGUGACCAUCCUGUAUUAGAUGGCUUAGGAGUUCUUGUGUUAAGACAACUGUUUAAAGCAGAAGAUAUAGACAAUUUGCCUGUUUGCAAACUGCAACCAUCUUUCGAAACAAGUCUAGCGCUGUAUCAUGCACUAGUGUAAAUGAUAAUACUGCGUGUUUAUGUU